AUGGAUUCCAAGGCUGAAAGUAUUCUGGCCCUCUUGCAACAUCGGGUGGGCGGGUUUAUCGGGAAUGAGAAUGCUGGGCCGCUGGCCACAGCUCUUGGGAUCAUUCUUUUCUCCUACUUCUUGUACCAGGUUGCGUUUGCUACAGACAUCCCACACAUCAAAGGAUUACCAGAAAUUCCAGGGGCAGUGCCCAUCUUUGGUCAUCUUCUGAGUCUCGGCGAAGACCAUGCGAGCUCAUGCGAAAAAUGGUGGCGGCAGUAUAACCAGUCCGUAUUUCAGAUCAAGCUUGGCAACACUCGAGCUGUUGUCGUCAACUCCUUUGAUGAUUGCAAGAAGAUGCUGCUGGGGAACCAGAAUGCUGUUAUUGACCGGCCAAAGCUGUACACCUUCCACGGGGUCAUCAGCAGCACCCAAGGAUUCACCAUCGGCUCCUCCCCAUGGGAUGAGUCCUGCAAGAACAAGCGGAAGGCUGCUGGCACGGCUCUUGGGAGACCUGCAUUACGGAGGUACUACCCCAUGUUUGAUCUAGAGAGUUACUCUAUUCUGCGGGAUAUGAAGAAGGAUAGCAACAAUGGGCAGAUUGAGAUCGAUAUCCGCCCUUAUAUCCAGAGAUAUGCACUCAACACGACUUUGACGCUAUGCUACGGCAUCCGUAUGGAUGGCGUCUAUGACGAGUUGCUUCGGGAAAUCCUUCAUGUCGGUUCAGCCAUUUCACUCUUGCGCAGCGCGUCUGAGAACCUGCAGGACUACGUGCCAUUCUUACGCUACCUCCCAACCAACACCAAGAAUGCCCGAUCAAAAGAGCUUCGAGAGCGCCGCGAUGCCUACUUAAAUCUACUCCUGGACAAGGUUCGAGCCAUGAUCAAGGAGGGGACCGAUAAGCCUUGUAUCUCAUCUGCCAUCCUGAAGGAUGAGGAGACCAAGCUUACUGGGGUUGAAGUAUCGUCGAUCUGUUUGUCACUUGUGUCUGGCGGGUUCGAGACGAUUCCCGGCACCCUGACCUCGUGCAUCGGUUCCCUGUCGACAAAGGAGGGCCAAGAAUGGCAGGAUCGUGCGUACGCGGAUAUCAAGCGUUACUAUCCUGACGUCCGUGAUGCUUGGACUAGCUGCUACGUCGAAGAAAAAGUCCCAUAUGUCAACGCUAUCGUCAAGGAGGCUGGAAGGUACUACACAGUCAGUUCUAUGAGUCUACCCAGGAAGACGGUCCAAGAGGUGAACUGGAACGGCGCCAUUAUCCCACCCAAGACAAUGAUUUUAAUCAAUGCACAAGCUGGUAACCAUGACGUUGAUCACUUCGGCUCAGAUGCCGGGAAGUUCGACCCUGAACGGUGGCUGAAAAGCCUUGAUCCACCCACCGAAGCGGAAAUAGAUGGUCUCAACCAUCUGAGCUUCGGAACCGGCUCACGUGCAUGCUCUGGUCAAUUCAUUGCAUCUCGAAUGCUUUACUCCGCUCUCAUCCGCAUCUUGUCAUCGUACAAGAUUGUGGCGAGCGAGGAGAUGCCACCCAACACAGAUUAUGUGGAAUACAACCAGUUCAAGACUGCACUAGUAGCUAUCCCUAGGGAGUUCAAGGUGAAACUAAUCCCAAGGGAUACUAAUGCGACAGCCGAGUGCCUUUUUGAUGCAGAGGAGAGAACGAGGGAGCACUAUAAAGAGUAG